CGCAGACAGGAAGCUCGCGAUUUGGAGACGUGGAAGAAGAGGUAGACCUCUGUUGGAAAUUGUUGGACUCCAAGAAGGUUUCGUCUCUGAAUAACAUUCCGCAACAAUGAUCAAAAAAUUUGACAAGAAAGACGAAGAGUCUGGGAGUGGAUCAAAUCCUUUCCAGCAUCUUGAGAAGAGUGCAGUUUUGCAGGAGGCUCGUAUCUUCAACGAGACUCCAAUCAACCCUCGGAGAUGUCUCCAUAUUCUCACCAAGAUCAUCUACCUGCUAAACCAGGGGGAGCACUUUGGAACCACAGAAGCUACGGAGGCCUUCUUCGCCAUGACCCGGCUGUUUCAGUCCAACGACCAAACCCUCCGGAGGAUGUGUUACCUGACCAUCAAGGAGAUGGCCAACAUCUCAGAGGACGUCAUCAUCGUGACCAGCAGUCUGACCAAGGACAUGACUGGGAAGGAGGAUGUGUACCGAGGACCUGCAAUCCGAGCUCUCUGCAGGAUCACUGAUACCACCAUGCUGCAGGCUAUUGAGAGGUACAUGAAGCAGGCUAUCGUGGACAAGGUCCCCAGCGUGUCCAGCUCAGCGCUGGUGUCCUCACUGCACAUGGUGAAGAUGAGCUAUGAUGUGGUGAAGCGCUGGGUGAACGAGGCGCAGGAGGCUGCUUCCAGCGAUAACAUCAUGGUUCAGUACCACGCUCUGGGCCUGCUCUACCACCUGAGGAAAAACGACCGUCUGGCCGUCUCCAAGAUGCUCAACAAGUUCACCAAGUCUGGCCUCAAGUCCCCCUUUGCCUACUGCAUGCUCAUCCGCAUCGCCAGCAAGCUGCUGGAGGAGACAGAGGGAGGGCACGACAGCCCGCUGUUUGACUUCAUCGAGGGCUGCCUGAGGAACAAGAAUGAGAUGGUGGUGUACGAGGCUGCCUCGGCCAUCGUGCACAUGCCCAGCUGCACCGCCAGGGAGCUGGCCCCUGCUGUCUCUGUGCUCCAGCUGUUCUGCAGUUCUCCCAAGGCAGCCUUAAGAUACGCAGCUGUCCGGACCCUCAACAAGGUGGCGAUGAAGCACCCUUCGGCGGUGACAGCCUGCAACCUGGACCUGGAGAACCUGAUCACGGAUUCAAACCGCAGCAUCGCCACGCUGGCCAUCACCACGCUGCUGAAGACAGGCAGCGAGAGCAGCGUGGACCGUCUCAUGAAGCAGAUCUCCUCCUUCGUGUCCGAGAUCUCUGACGAGUUCAAGGUGGUGGUCGUACAGGCCAUCAGCGCCCUGUGCCAGAAGUAUCCCAGAAAGCACAGCGUCAUGAUGAACUUCCUGUCCAACAUGCUUCGAGACGACGGGGGGUUUGAGUACAAGCGGGCCAUCGUGGACUGCAUCAUCAGCAUCAUCGAGGAGAACCCUGAGAGCAAGGAGACGGGCCUGGCUCACCUGUGUGAGUUCAUCGAGGACUGUGAGCACACUGUGCUGGCCACCAAGAUCCUGCACCUGCUGGGCAAGGAGGGCCCGCGCACGCCCUCCCCCUCCAAGUACAUCCGCUUCAUCUUCAACCGCGUCGUCCUGGAGAGCGAGGCCGUACGAGCAGCUGCCGUCAGCGCCCUCGCCAAGUUUGGAGCCCAGAAUGACGACCUGCUACCCAGCGUCCUGGUCCUCAUGCAGAGGUGUAUGAUGGACAGUGAUGACGAGGUUCGUGAUAGGGCCACCUUCUACAUGAACGUGCUGCAGCAGAAACAGAAGGCUCUCAACGCCGCCUACAUCUUCAACGGUCUCUCUGUGUCAGUUCCUGGUCUAGAGAAGUCUCUCCACCAGUACACCCUGGAACCUUCUGAGAAACCCUUCGACAUGAAGAGUGUUCCUCUGGCAACCACCACCAUCGCUGAGCAGAAGACAGAAAUCACUCCUGUUGCCACCAGCAAGCUCCCUGACAAACUGACUCCUUCCCGACAAGACAUCUACCAGGAACAGCUGGCAGCUAUCCCAGAGUUCCAGAGUCUGGGCCCGCUCUUCAAGUCGUCCGACCAGGUCCAGCUCACCGAGGCUGAGACAGAGUACGUGGUGCGCUGCAUCAAGCAUACCUUCUCCAGACACAUGGUGUUCCAGUUUGAUUGCACCAACACGCUCAACGACCAGCUCCUGCAGAAGGUGAUGGUCCAGAUGGAGCCGUCAGAGGGCUAUGAGGUGCUUCACUACGUCCCUGCUGCCAACCUCCCCUACAGCCAGCCAGGAUCCUGUUACAGCCUGGUGGGACUGCCCCAGGACGACCCCACCGCCGUGUCCUGUACGUUCAGCUGCACCAUGAAGUACCUGGUCCGAGACUGUGACCCCAACACAGGAGAGCCCGAUGACGAGGGCUACGACGACGAAUACGUGCUGGAGGACCUGGAGGUCACAGUGGCCGACCACAUUCAGAAGGUUCUGAAGCCCAACUUCGCGGCGGCGUGGGAGGAGGUGGGAGAGGACUUUGAGAAGGAGGAGACGUUCGCGCUGGCGUCAGUCAGGACUCUGGACGAGGCUGUGGGGAACAUCAUCAGUUUCCUGGGGAUGCAGCCCUGCGAGAGAUCCGACAAGGUUCCCGAGAACAAGAACUCCCAUAUCCUCUUCCUGGCUGGUGUGUUCCGGGGAGGUCAUGAUGUGCUUGUGCGUUCCCGCCUCGCCCUGGCCGAUGGCGUCACCAUGCAGGUAACGGUUCGCAGCAGCGAUGAGACGGCUGUGGAUAUCAUCCUGGCCUCCGUGGGCUAGGGGGUGCUGCUGAGCAGCCUCACACAACAGGCCCACGUGCCAGUCAGAGAAGAAGAACGUGAUUUAAGGCUGGAGUUGAUCGACAGAUUCUGAUGUAAAUUUGUUCUUUUUCACAUUUUCUUUAGCUGUCAUCAUUGAUGUAUUAAUACUUCUGUACCGGCAUCCCACAAGGGACUGAAGCCUUAUUUCAUGUCCUAUCUGAACCCAUGCCUAUAAUCUAUAUGUGAUAUCCCCCUUUUGAAUAAUUAUUUCUAUGCUGUCUAUUGUGUUCUGGUAUUUCAUCAUGUUCCUGAUGUACCAAAAAAUGGUCUGAUCUAAAACAAAAUCUAUUAAUAAAAUGCUUACCAUCAA